AUGGCUUCUUUCCUACACAACUUCUCAUCUGUCUUGAUUUCCAUGGUUCUCAUUUUCUUGCUUGUGGUUCCAUCCUUAAUGUGCCACUCAAUGGAGGAAAAAGAUCUUCAGCACAUUUGCGCCAAAACCCAGAAUGCUACAGAGUGUUUGAAUCUGUUCAAAUCAGAUCCCAGAAGCUUGAACACAGAUAUAAAGGGCCUAACAGGAGUUGCAGUCGACCUGGCGUUGAACAAAUCCAAUGCUGUCCACACCCAGUACAAUCAACUUUACGCGGACACCAAGAAUUCUGAAUUGCAGGAGAAGUAUAUUGCUUGCUCCAAGAAUUACAAUGAUGCCAUUCGUGAUCUUCAAGUGAUGAAGAAGUAUUUAGAUAUUAAUCGUUUUAGGUUCAUUAAUGUCGAAAUAAAGGAUGCCCUGCAAGAAGUUAUGAGUUGCAGAAAUAUUUUGAAGAAGGAACCAAUCGACCCGGCCAAUAUGGGUUACCAGAACGACGAAUUCAAGCUUCUUUGCUACAUGGUUAAGGAUCAAGUUGCUCAGCCAAUUCUCUUACUAUCCAUAAAUGGUAUAGCUGGUAAGUUGUCUACACCUCUCAUGACUUCAGUAGGGUGGUCAGAAUGCAGUAUAUUGUACUUGUUGAUGUUGAUUAAUAAAAUAACAGGUCCUCACACAUUUAGAAGGAAAACUGAACAACCAGAGCUUGCAUAA